UGUGCGUUGGUCUCCUAAGGGCACCUACCUGGUAACCUUUCAUCAAAGAGGCAUUGCUCUAUGAAAUGGGAGGGGGGGAGAGAAAUUCAAGAAAAUUCAGAGAUUCAGCCACCAAAGGGUUCAGCUCAUUACUUCUCACCUUGUGAAAGGUACCUGGUAACCUUCAGCCCCCGAUGGACACGCAGGAUGACCCUCAGACCAUAAAUAUCUGGGACAUCCUUACAGAGCACAAGAAGAGAGAUUUUCACGUGAGAGCUCAGCCCAUUAGCAUAUUUUUAAAUGGAGUCAUGAUGGUAAAUUCUUUGCCAGAAUGACCCUGGGUACACUUAGUAUCUAUGAAACUCCUUCUGUGGGUCUUUUGGAUAAGAAGAGUUUGAAGAUCUCUGGGAUAAAAGACUUUUCUUGGUCUCCUGGUGGUAACAUAAUCGCCUUCUGGGUGCCUUAAGACAAAGAUAUUCCAGCCAGGGUAACCCCGACGCAACUCCCUACCAGGCAAGAGAUCCAAGUGAGGAAACUGUUCAUUGUGGUGGAUUGCAAGCUGCACUGGCAGAAGAACGGAGAUUACUUGUGUGUGAAAGUAGACAUGACUCCGAAAGGUACCCAGGGUGUUGUCACAAGUUUUUAAAUUUUCCAAAUGAGGGAAAAACAGGUACCUGUGGAUGUGGUCGAAAUGAAAGAAACCAUCAUAGCUUUUGCCUGGGAACCAAACGGAAGUAAGUUUGCCGUGCUGCACGGAGAGGCUCCGCGGAUAUCUGUAUUUUUCUACCACGUCAAAAACAACGGGAAGACUAAACUCAUCAAGAUGUUCGACCAACAGCAAACAAACGGCGUCUUCUUGAGUCCCCAAGGACAGUUCGUGGUGUUGGCGGGCCUGAGGAGUACAUCGCAGAGCACUACAUGGCCUCUGAACUCGAGUGGGAUCCUGCAGGCGGCGCUGCUAAGAGUCUACGAAGCCAACGCUGGUGGUUCCGACAGAAAGCCCCAAACAAGAAAGAAGCGUUAGUGGUGCCUUAACCCU